CCUUGGAGUGACCAAAAGGAAUGAUAAACAAAAAUUUUGCCCUAGAUCUCUAAUUGCAUUUUCUUUGCCUUCCUUUCUUAGUCGAUGAACCUCCCAUUCUCUCCGCGUGGAGAUGGCGGUGAAUUUUGAAUUCUUCGCCUUCCACACGCUCCGUUCCUCUUCUCUCUUUCCAUGUUGAACUUUUCGUAAUCCUCUUCCAUAUUUUGGUUUCUCUUUAUUCUUUUUGGUUGCCGGAUGGAACCUCGCGUCGGUAACAAGUUUCGGCUUGGCCGGAAGAUCGGCAGUGGCUCCUUCGGGGAGAUCUAUCUCGGUACUAAUAUACAGACAAAUGAAGAGGUUGCAAUUAAACUCGAAAACGUCAAGACGAAACAUCCUCAGUUGCUGUACGAGUCUAAGUUAUACAGAAUUCUUCAGGGAGGAACUGGCAUACCUAAUGUAAGAUGGUUUGGAGUUGAAGGAGACUACAAUGUUCUUGUAAUGGAUUUGCUUGGUCCCAGUCUUGAAGAUCUAUUUAACUUCUGCAGCAGAAAGCUUUCUUUGAAAACAGUUCUUAUGCUUGCAGAUCAAAUGAUUAACCGUGUUGAGUUUGUCCAUUCUAAAUCCUUUCUUCAUCGAGAUAUCAAGCCAGACAAUUUUCUGAUGGGGCUGGGAAGGCGUGCAAAUCAGGUUUACAUCAUUGACUUUGGUCUUGCUAAGAAGUACAGAGAUAGUUCUACCCAUCAACACAUUCCCUACAGAGAAAACAAGAACUUGACUGGGACUGCAAGAUAUGCUAGCAUGAACACCCACCUUGGGAUAGAGCAAAGUCGAAGGGAUGACUUGGAGUCUCUUGGUUAUGUUCUUAUGUACUUCUUGAGAGGAAGUCUUCCCUGGCAGGGACUGAAAGCAGGAACUAAGAAACAGAAGUAUGAGAAAAUUAGUGAGAAGAAAGUUUCUACAUCUAUUGAGGCAUUGUGCCGUGGUUAUCCAUCAGAAUUUGCAUCAUAUUUCCAUUACUGUCGAUCACUUCGGUUCGAUGAUAAGCCAGAUUAUGCUUAUCUCAAAAGAAUUUUCCGCGAUCUCUUUAUUCGGGAAGGUUUCCAGUUUGAUUACGUGUUUGACUGGACCAUUUUAAAGUAUCAGCAAUCACAGCUAGCCACGCCUCCAACUCGUACCCUAGGUGCCGGUGCUGGAACCAGCUCUGGAAUCCCUCCUGGUAUAGCAAAUCCUGAUAGACAGACAGGUGGAGAGGAGGCACAACUAGCUGGGAUGUCGUCUUUGAUGGAUUCAUCUAGGCGGAGAGUAUCCGGGCUGGCCAUGAAUGCUGGGACUUCUGCCAAACAGAAGAGUCCAAUUGCCAACGAUUCUGCAGUUGCCAAAGACUCUGUGUUUCCAGGCUCUAAUAUUGUGGGGAGACCAAGUGGAUCAUCAAGACGUGCAGCUGUGUCGAGCAGCCGGGAAGUGUAUGUUGGAAGUGAAUCAGCAGAUCCACACCGCUCCCGAACAACGGAUGCUAGUCCAGGGGCAUUGCAGAAGAGCAUAAGUGCGCAACAGAGAAGCCCACCAGUUGGACCUUCUGAUCCCAAGAAAGGUGCAUCAGGAAGGCACUCAGGACAUGUAAAGAACUACGACUCAGCUUUGAAGGGGAUCGAAGGGCUGCACCUGGAGAACGACGAGAGGGUGCAUUAUUAAAAAGCGAAGCAAAGCGAAGACACUUGCUUCACUUUCCACUUGUACAAGAAUAUGAGGAUUUUUUCCUCCUCCAUUUAAAAAGGGUGUGGUGAUUUGGGAAACAUAUUCAACUCUCCAUUUAUGAUUCCUUAGCCUCUAAUUUGUGAUUCCUUGUUUUAUUGGGAUUUGUUUAUGUAGAAGUCCACGUUCACCCUAUAAAUCAAAACUCUUGUGAAGUAAGAUGCUUGUUAUUAUAUUCAAACGUAAAUUACCCGACUA